UUUCAAUGUUUUGACCAUAAAAUUAAAUUAUUGUUCUAUUAUAAAGAAAAAUAUCAAAAAAAAAAAGUUGAUUACAGAUUUAGUUUAUGGUGCAGGCCAAAUAAACCAAUAAUCACAAAAAUAAUUUAUUGACUAACAUAAUGCCUGCCGUAGAUUAAAAUAUCGCUAUGUUCGAGUUUUGGAAAACGCUUUGCAGUUUGAAAGGUGAAUCGUCGGCGAAUACAAUAAGAUGAAGUUAAAGAUAUUUCUUUUUGUGCUCCUAGUGCAUUUUUUGAUUUCCACAAGCGCUUCUACUACAGUUGAUACGAAUUUUAAAACAUUCUGCACUGCAAAUGGAAAUUUCAUAAAUUCUGAUGAUCCUACCUGUACAACAUAUAUCUAUUGCUAUAUGAAUAGAGGAACGGUAAGGGACUGCGAGAUAGUUAAAGAUAAGCAAGGAUACUUUAACGGUGAUGAAUGUGUGUAUGACAAGCCAGCCACUUGUACAUAAAUUUAAAAUAGUAAAGUAACAUAAAUACUAUAUCUAC